AUGACGGCAAGGACAGAAGGAGAAGACAGCACAGUCGCUCAAGGAGUCCGAGACGAAGACACGACAGAGAACGAGGCUCACGGAAGGAUGACGCAUCGCCAUCACCGCCGCCAAAACGAAGAAGACGCUCACACUCGCAUUCAAAGUCACCUCCACCUCGUCGCGCCCGUGGUCCUCUACCUUCACAGCAAGAUCAAUUCCGCCAGGGGAGAUGGUGCUGCUCCAGCCGAGCCUGUCGUAGAAAAGCAGAAGCCCAACUUCAACGCGACAGGCUUACUUGCGAAAGAAGCCAACACGGUGGCUGGCACGAAUACCGUCCUCAAAUAUCACGAGCCACCCGAGGCACGCAAGCCGUCGAGCAAAGAGCAAUGGCGCAUGUUCGUCUUCAAGGGCAAAGACAUGAUUGAUACCAUCCACCUCUACUCGCGCAGCUGCUGGCUCAUGGGACGCGAUCAAGCCAUCGUCGAUUUCCAGUUAGAACACCCGAGCAUCAGCAAGCAACAUGCUGUCAUACAAUUCAGGCACAUCACAAAGACAAACGAGUACGGCGACAAGCUAAGCAAGGUCAAGCCAUAUCUCAUCGACCUGGACAGCGCAAAUGGAACGCGGCUGAACGGCGAGAAGAUUGGAGGUAGUCGAUACAUCGAGCUGCGGGACGGCGAUGUCGUGGGUUUUGGCGACAGCGAGAGAGAAUAUGUCAUGAUGCUGCCCAAAUGA